GAGAGCUUGGCGCAGUCUGGCGUCACUUCCGUUCUCCGGGAGGCGUUGUUGCGGAGCUGCGUGUUGGGUGUCGGCGAAGUGUCGGUCGGGGUGAGAGGGUGAGGAGCGGUCACGUAGGAACACAGUGUAUUAAAUUACCUAAGCAACCAUGCUGGCUGCAAGGCUAGUAUGCCUGAGGGCAUUAUCAUGCCAGACUAUCCGCCCCACCAUUACUCAGACUUCCCCAGCUUUGAGGAACUCCAGUAUAAAAGCAUACAGGCUCUGGCAGCCUAACCAGUGUUAUGCCACGAGAGUAAGAACAGGUGUAAGGCGUGGAAAAAUUGGCCAGGAAAUUAAAGAAGCAGCAUUUGAGCCAUCUGCGGAAACUGCACUUAAAGCUGAUCGCCUGGGGAAAUUUAUUAUUGCUGGAGGGGCUGCUGUUGGCCUGGGGGCCCUUGCUUACUAUGGAAUGGGCAUGUCCAGUGAGAUUGGAGCUAUUGAAAAAGCUGCUAUUUGGCCACAGUAUGUGAAAGACAGAAUUCAAACUACUUACAUGUACUUUGCGGGAAGCAUCGGCUUGACAGCACUGUCUGCUGUAGCAGUAAGCAGAUCUCCAGCUCUCAUGAGUCUUAUGACAAAAGGCUCCUGGCUGGCAAUAGGCGCAACUUUUGCAGCUAUGAUUGGUGCUGGAAUGUUGGUCAGGUCCAUAUCCUAUGAAAAUAGUCCAGCUGCUAAACAUUUGGCUUGGAUGAUGCAUUCAGGUGUCAUGGGUGCGGUGGUGGCUCCUCUAGCCUUCUUGGGUGGUCCCUUGCUCAUCAGAGCUGCCUGGUACACUGCUGGAAUUGUUGGAGGGCUCUCCACUGUCGCCAUGUGUGCUCCAAGUGAAAAAUUCCUGAACAUGGGAGGACCCCUGGGAAUAGGCCUAGGCUUUGUUCUUGCCUCUUCAAUUGGGUCCAUGUUCUUGCCUCCCACUUCUGCUUUUGGUGCCGGCUUGUAUUCGGUAGCUGUUUAUGGUGGAUUAGUACUCUUUGGCAUGUUCCUGCUCUAUGAUACGCAGCAUGUUAUUAAGCGUGCAGAAACUAUUCCAUAUUAUGGAGUAACAAAAUACGACCCAAUCAAUGCGUGUAUGGGUAUCUACACAGAUACACUGAACAUCUUCAUUCGGGUGGCCACCAUGCUUGCAGGUGGUGGAGGUAGCAGGAGGAAGUAAACCGAGACUGUGUGUCUGACAGGCUACCUUAAUGCACAUACUAAAUAAAAAUUUAUGGUUACAAGAAGUUUUGCUGCAAGUCAGGAAUAUAAAGCAUUUCACCAUAUUGUUUCAGUGCAGUGUGAUUCAAGCUUACUAGUUUUUCUUCAAACACUUUCCAGCUCAUUGUUAAAAUAGUGUGAACUGCUUCUAAUUGUACAUUAUUUUGAGAAAGUAAAUUAUUUUUAAUAUAUGAGUAAAAUUGUCUGCUUUUUAAUGGGUUUGACAGCAAUUCAGCUUUUUUUUCUUUUUUCCUUUUUUUUUUUCUUUUUACCUGUUACUGCAUAUUAAAGGCCAUCACUUCUAAACAGUAUCUCUUACACAAGUAGGGACACAAGCUACUUUAUGAAAUGCUGUUGAGAUAAUGGCAUUUUUUUGAGUGAAGAUUGCAUAAAUGAUAUUUCAGUGACACCUUAUGAACAAAUUAUGGCACUAAAUGCAGUAAUGACUUCUGCCUGGGCAGAUAUUUCAGCAAGGUUUAAACAGCUGUCAGAAACGCAUUGGAUUUGACCAGUGAGGUGACCAAAAAGUGUAAAUGAGGCAAGAUGGGGAAACCAUGCGGCAUUUGUCCCAUGGGAACUUCAGUCUCUUUCUGGAGUGCAAACGAGAACUCAGUGCUUUAAUGUUGAGUGGGUAUAAUAGCUAUGUUUUUUUGAUACUAGAUUUACCAAAUUACUGAAUAGCAGUAGGCAUGUAUCUGUCUUCCAGUGACUAAAUCUCAGUAUUGUGGAUGAAGCUCUGUCUCUUACUGCUUAUCUUUGACAAGCUUGUACAGUAGGCACAGAAAGAGGGAAUUGAGAAUAGACUGCUAUAAGCCCAAGUAUUGUAAAUUUACUGUACUGUUGUGUGCUUCAGCCUGUAACUUUACCCCCAGUUGGUAUGUUUAGCUUGGUUUAAAAGGAAUGUUCCCUAUCAGUGAAAUUGAUUUAAUAUUAAGAAACAAAUACUUACCAAACUCAGUUCUUUUAUGUUGGAAUAAAAGGUGAGUCCUGGGGCACAAGAAAGUUUAGAGGUAAUGUCAACAACUCUGAAUUUCUGGUAGAUAUGCUGUGCUUAUGUAUUGACUAUGAACAAUAAAAUUCUAGUCUCGCAA